GUCGCACGAGUCUUCGGCUGCUGCGGAGGAGUACGCUGCGCCGAACAAUCGCGGUGGUGGCGCAGCAAGCUGCUUUUCGUUUCUGAACUCCUACAACAAGCGCGGUUCAGCUGGGAAGCAAGAUGACGAUGAGGACCGAUCUUCACCGACAGAUACGAAAAAAUGGCGGCACCUGUUGCGUGUGCCGUUCAAGGUUACGAAUGGCGAGGAGUCUUCGCAGUCUGACGAGCACGUGACGAGUAAGAACUCGAGUCCAGUCGGGAACUUUAUCAGUCUCAACUAUCGUGGAAGCCCAGGAGGUCCGCAGGAGCAGAGUGCAGCAGCAAGUCCAACAGUUUUGCUUAUGGCCUCAUCAGGAGUCACAGCAGCUGUAGUGGAAAGCGCAAAGAUGGAGGGAAAGGCUUCACUGGAGCAGCUCGCGCAACAACUCGAGGAGGGCAAGAACAUGAAUAUCUCCGAAUAUUUUCCCAAAAAUGCGAAUGCUGGCUGUAAAAAUGAAGACGAAGGAGCAGACGACUUGACAGUCUUGAUGAGAAUGAAC